UCACUUGUCAGCAACGAGAAACGCAUCAGCAAGAGUCAGAAUCAGCAGUUUGCCUCCUACAAGUGUGAAUCAUGACGACGAAACUAAAAGCGCUUUACGAUUUUUCGGGCGAAAUUGGCUCGGUUGAAUUGUCAAUCAAGGCUGGCGAAAUUCUCACUUUCAUCAGGGACGUUGGCGCCGGCUGGUACGAAGGCGAAAACUCCAAAGGACAAGUCGGUCUUUUUCCAGAGAACUAUGUUGAAAAAAUUGAGGCUGGCCCUCCAAGCAUUCCGGCCCCACAGCUGCCAAGUGCGUAUUACGAGGAGCCGCCGGGUGAAGAACCGUGGUCCUCUGAGAACAACACAAACAAUACUCAGCAAAACCAACAGGACGAUUUCUGGGAUGAUGAUUGGGACGACGACUCUGAAACUGGACAACAGCCGCCCACAAAUGCCGCAACGGCGCCGGUGGAAUUCAGGCAACCGGCUCUGGACCUCCACAGAGGCUACGACACACACAGUGUCAUUAGUACGAAUAUGGGAGAAAAGGCGCCAACAGCAAAGAAGAAUUUCAACCGAUUCUCGGCUUUUGUCAAAUCUGGUGGGGAGAGCUAUAUUCUUGGAACAGCCAAAGUGCAUGUCUCGGAAGCAGACAAAGUCUACAUAAUGGACACUGGGACCCUGAUCAUGUGGAACGAUCAGCAUCAAAAAUUCAAGGUCGAGGUUGCAUCUCCGAAAAAAGAAUCUAAAAUGAGAGGCUUAAAAAGUUACAUAGCAUACAAGUUGACACCUACAUACAAUGGAAUUCAAGUAUCUCGUAGAUAUAAACACUUUGACUGGCUGCACGAACGACUGGAGGAAAAGUUCUGUCUAAUACCGAUUCCACCUUUGCCGGAUAAACAAAUCUCAGGAAGGUAUGAAGAGCAAUUUAUUGAGCACAGGCGUGUCCAGCUGCAACUUUUUGUUGACAACGUGUGCCGACACCCAGUUUUAUCUCAGAGCGCCGUUUGGAAGCACUUCAUUGAGUGCACUGACGAGAAAAUGUGGAAAAUGGGAAAACGUAGAGCAGAAAAGGACGCCUUGGUCGGAGCAAACUAUUUUGCCUGCCUCGAGGUUCCAGAGAAAAUUAUCGACCCAUUUGACCUAGAGAGGCACACGGAAAACGCCCAGAGAUUUGUGACCAGCAUGGACAAUUCUGUGAAAAAUGUCAUGGCCACUGCUUUGGAUCAGACGAAAAAGUGCCAGGCGCAGUACAAACGGGAGUACCAAAAGAUCGGCCAGACAUUCCAACAGCUGGGUGCUUCGUUCGACUUGGACAACUCUUCAGUGAAUCUCACCACUGCGAUAAAGAGAACAGGAGAUGCUUACAACAACAUAGGCAAAAUGUUCGAGGAUCAACCCAAGCUGGACUGGGAACCUCUUGCCGACCAGAUGCACAUCUACAAAGGGAUACUUGCCUCGUUUCCAGACAUACUGCAGGUGCACAAGGAUGCUGUGAACAAGCACAAAGAAAUGGAGAAAGUGGAACAAAAAGCACUGCCUGAAAUGAAACGCCGUUCCGAUGUCAUGUCUUAUGCGCUCUUGGCUGAAAUAAGUCAAUUCCACACUCAAAGGGAGGAAGACUUCAAGACUGCUAUGAAGGGUUUCUUAAAUGAACAAAUCAAUCUGUACCAAAAUGCCACUUUAGAAUUGCGGAAAGCGUUACAGUUUUUCGAGGAAGCGGAGUAAGAGGAGUGAAGCUCAAUCGGAGGAAAAGUCUUGAGUAUAUUUUGAAAUCGAUAGCAAUCGUAAGCUUCCAUCAUUAUGCUUAAGAAAAUUCCAGAUUUAUUUGCAAUAAUCAAUUGUUAUAGUUAUUUUGUAGAAACUCACAAAUAAUGCCUUUUUGUGUUUCUGGUGCAUUUCUGCCUUUUUAAUCUGAAGGCAAAUUUUAGAUUCCAAAGCAGUUAUUAUUAAAAAUACGCUCAUUCACCAUUUUUUUAAGUGAAAAUGUCCGGAAGUAAUGAACGUUUGGAUAUUUGAUCAAUUUUUAGUGAAUUGGUUGAGCAAUUGAAACUUUAUAAUUAAAUAUUUGUGCAAGGCUAUGAUUCCAUAAGAUAGUCACCACUCUUGCCCUUGUAAUUGACACAUCAUGUUUGAUCGAAAGUCAAAAGCAAUCGUGUGCCAUAAAACCACUUGAAGUUGACCGUCUCUUUUUCGCACAAACCUAUCUGAGAUUGAAAUUUGAAUAAUAUAUCCAUCGUGUCCCUGUUAAUGUUUUUGCAUAAGAAAUGAGAUAAUAAACAUAAUAUUCCACUUCUACAAUUAUUGACAAAUGAAUGUAUAUUUUUGCCUAAUGAGCUUGCGCGAAAGCCACACAAACUUGUUAUAUAUAAUAUUACAUGUCUCGAGGAAGUACUGUUUUGAAAGCAGUUAAAUUACCUUCUCUAGUCUCUGCAAAAGCAGCUUCAGUUUUUCCAAUAAAUCAUGUUGCACCUGAUUUUAAAAUUUAAGUUUUAGCAAUCUUGUAAUCAAGCAAUUGGCCGUUUCAGCAUUCUUUUACACUUGCUUUUAGGAUAAAAUUUUCUUGUAAGGUAAUUCCUCUUCAGCAAUAACACAAGUUGUUAAUGUUAUAUAUUUGCGUAUCAUUACUUUAUUAAGGAUUGUCUCACGCAUAUUAAUCAAUCAGUUGGUUUUAAUUUGCAACCCCAAUUUAUUGCAUUGUUACUGUAUAAAAACAACAUAUAUAUUUGGGGCUUUUGUAAAUAAAGUGGAACUAUUUUAAACUAUAAAGUACUGUUUUU